GGCUGCGAUGGUUAGGAGAUUACUUUGCAGCGCGUCUAAAAAAAGCUGUUGACUGCUGUACUUACCAUUGCGUCAAUACCUGAACGCACAAUGGCAGCACUGAAUUGGAUACUUUUCUUACUCUUUGUGGGAUUGGCCUUCGCCACACCACAGAGGUCCGCGAGGAGAAAGCGAGGGCUGCUGGAUCUGGCUGGAGUCAUCAAGUGCAGCACGGGCCGGUCCGCCCUCUCCUACAUGAUGUACGGCUGCUACUGUGGACUAGGGGGCCAGGGCUGGCCCAGGGACAGGGCAGACUGGUGCUGUCAUAAACACGACUGCUGCUACGGUGAUGUGGAGCGCGCAGGUUGCCAAACGCACACCGGGAACUACCGUUGGACAUGUGAAGACAAGGAGGCCGACUGUGAGUCCGAGAAGGACAAGUGUGAGAAGAUGCUGUGUCGGUGUGACAAGGAGGUAUCCAAGUGCCUGAGGAGAUCGCCUUUCAUUAAGAAGAACGCUGUCUGGCCAGACUUCCUCUGUGGUGAUGUGCAGCCAACCUGCAAUAUCUACUGAUCCUCCACCGGCGGGCUUUCUAUUUGUUGCAUAAAGUGACUGAGUGGCUGAAUUCUCUCACUCACUACAGAGGUAGUGCACUAGGGAACAAAACAAUGGAACUCACACCCUAUGUAGUGUACCAGAGUCUUCAUUUUGGACAAAGCAUCAACCUUUGAGAAAUGUCCUCAAUUUUUUGUCAAGAUCAACACGUUAAGUUAAUACAAAAGUGGGUGAAAAGUCACAGACCUCCAAAAAGGGGAAAUGUUUGAUCAUCAUUUGCACGUUUCCAAAGCCAUGGACAUCUUUUUAUUAGUCCAAUUUCUUAUAGCCAAAGUUCAUCUUUUUCUACUCUUUACUGUUUUUAUACAUUUAUUUUAUUAUUAUUUGUUUAUCUGAGACUGUCAAGUCAAAUAGUGAUGGCGACAAAU